CACCAUUACCCACUUGUUGUUCAUGGAUGAUGCAGCUUCUUCGCAAUUCCAUCCACUUCAAAGGGAUCGAUGGAGGGCGGUAGAGAUGAUGUGCGACAUAAACCAAAUCCACCAUCACUUGCUUCACCCCGUUAACAUCAAUACAAGAUUCGAGACGAUCGAGAAUGUAUCGUAGUCAUGAUUAGAAAUCCAGUCAAUACAUCGAACAUGUCAUGACAUGGCGUGCACAGUAGAAGGGAAAGGAGGAGCGUGGAGGAAGAAGAAGAGGAGGGGCCACACUCCACUAUCCCAUUCCAUGCAAGUGGGAGUGAAGAGGAGAAAGAAAGGAAGACAGGAGAAAUCAAAGAUCCCAAAAGCUCUCUUCUCUGUUCGUGGAUCACCAAAAGUGACGGAAUAUUCUCACCGACCUUAUCCUCCUCCUCCUCCCGCAGCGACAUCUUCUGAGCUCAGCAUUGAUCCGAGGCCUUCAUCUUAUCUGCUUCCAAAUCGUCUCUUUCAUGCGCCCUUCUCUUUGCUCUAUAAAUCUGCGCCAUGCUUCCCCUCCGUGUCGCCACCACUGUUCACAUCCUUGUGGCUCGCCAUGGAGAAGCUGCCGGCGUCUCAAGUAGCAAAGGGGGCGUUCCUUCUCGCCCUCCUCCUCUUCACCCCUUUCAUAUCCUCAUCCUUAAGGACCUCUUACCUGUACUUCCUUCUCAACAUCCUCAUCGUCGCCCUGGGACUCGAGGCCGGCUUCCUCACCGCCAUCUCCAGGCCUCACGAGGAGAAGAAAGCGCAGAACUCCCUGGAGACUCCGGUCCCCGUGGAAGCCGCCGUCCAUGACGCGGCUACUGAUGCAACCAAGCUUGUCAGCCCGCAAGAACGGGUUACACAGGCGGCGAAGCCACCACGGAAGCCGGCGGUGCAGACGAGAGCGCAAACUUUGAAGCGCUGCCCGUCAAGGCCGAGCCUUUUCUUCAUCGGUGGCGCCGAGGGAGACAGCUUCGUCAAAGAGGAGAAGGAAGAGAAGGUGGAGGAGGCCGGGGAGCUGAGCAAGCAGGAGUUGUUUGCCAAGGCGGAGGCUUUCAUCGGCAACUUCUACAAGCAGCUGAGGAUGCAGAGGGAGGAGUCGUGGAAGAAGAUUCAUGGGUUCUAUCACAGGGCUUUCUAGGUUUCACCUGAUGCCUACUUCCAUGUUGAGCAUGGCACUGUGGUUGAGAGAGAGAAGUACCGAGCAUAUUUUCUUUGGUACAUCUCAUUCUUUGACGUAUGUUGCCUCGAAUGAUACUGAGCUGCGGCCAGUAUGGUGUAUUUACUGCAUCUUAUUGUCAGCAUCGAUAAUAGAUCAAGCCAGACAAGUAAUAAUAAUAAUAAUAAAUGAUUUGUGCA